AUGACUCAGUCACUAAAGCAAAACACAAUCAAUUCCUUUCUGCUCUGGGAUGCAGUUUUAAGCCGUUUUUCUGGAGGAGGGGGAGGGUUUUCUUCGCUAACCUGGAAGAAGGAGAUAGCUAAGGAACGGUUGCCACGGAAACGGCAGCCCGGAUUGAUUGCGCUCCCCAAACGUCUGGUAGGGCAGCGCGAUGCAGGACGGGCUGCUGGAGGAUUCCUCCUGUUUGCCCCACCCCCAACCUUUCGUGAGCGGGGCUCGGCUGCGCUGCACGCCGGGAUAGCGGAGGAGGUCGGCGAGUCCUCCGACAUUAAGAUGGCGGCGGUGGCCUCCAAGCCCAAUUUCGCCGUUGUCUGCUCUUUCCUCGAGCGCUAUGGCGCCUCGCUGGAACUGCCCGAAUUCACCUUCCCCGAGCUGGAAGAAGCGCUGGAAAAUAAAAAAUCGGUUCCUCAACCAUUGGUUGAUCUUCAUUUGAAGUUGAUGAGGAAGAUUGGGAAGUCUGUCAGCUUCGAUCGAUGGGAAAAGUACCUUCUCAGGAUCUGCCUGGAAUACAACAAUACUUGGGCUUGGGAGAUGGAAAAAAUUGGAUACACUGAAAUGGAUGCCGAGUGCAAACUUGGUCUCUUGAAGUACCUUUGUGAAUGUCAGUUUGACGACAACUUAAAGUUCAAGAACGUGCUGAAUGAAGAGGAACCUGAUGCUAUGCGCAUUCAUCCCAUUGGCUGUGAUAAAGACGGCCUAAUGUACUGGUAUCAGCUCGACCAGGAACUAAAUGUUCGACUGUACACGGAGGAACAAGAUGAUCAAGAUGGCACUUCUUGGAAGCUCAUUGUAAGGGACCGCAACGAAUUGGCUGAAACCUUGCAGCUGCUGAAGGCCCAGAUAGAUCCAGCAUUACUGAGCAAAUUCAUCCAGGAAGGUGGGUCCUCUCGUACUAGUCCUACACCAGAAGACGAAGAGAGCAAGAAAGAACUUGAAGAGCACUUGGAAGAAGAAAUGAAACUAGACAAGGUGUUGGAAGAACAACAGAAAGAAUCAGAAUCAAUUGGAAAAUCAUUCCUUGCAUCUACUUCUCCAGUAGAAGACAAGAAAGUCCAGCUGGUCAAAAAGCAGGAAGACGACAAUGGGGGAAAUCUAGUGCAGAUGGUUAAGAUCGAGGAACCUGGGUCAGAAAAUAAUGCAAAAGCUGACGGUGCUAAACCAACCAAAGAGAACAGUGUUAACAAAAUGAGUGCUGAUGGGGAAAGCAAACCCUGCAAAGCAGAACUGAUGAAUCUGAAAAGCUCAGGUGAAAGGAAGGUUUACAGUGGUAAGUUGACAUCUGUAGAGUGUGAAAGGCUAGAAGUCAGCGUUAAGGUGGAGCCAGUUGAUGACAUCAAAGAGAAAUCCUCAGAAGAGCUCGAAAGGGCUCUGAGGAAUGUCAAGCAGGCAAAACUUCCUGUGAAAAAGCGCGAAAUCAAACUUGCCGAGGAUUAUGACAAGGGCCCCAUAAGCAAGCCUGUCACCCCUGUCAAAGAACUGUUGAAAGUAGAGGGAGAGCCUGUGAAGCAGGCACCCAUAGGGGAGGAUGGAAAACAACUAGUUAAUGGUGAGGUGACCACUGGACCUCAGGUGAACCAGCACAAAACUGGGGAGGGAAUCACAGAGGCUUCUGCUCCAGGGAAGACUGAGGAACCCAAGAGGAAACAGGAGACUGAAGCCAUGCACCCAGUGAAGGAGGAAGAAAAUGGGAUUGAUGGGCCAGGCACAAAAGGCUCGGAGCCGCCAAUAAGCAUUGCCACGGAGAAUCAUGGCAGUGUAAUAAAAGUUGAGGCUAACCAGAACUGUAUGACAAAGAGGAAAGGUGGGGACCCUGGCCUCCUAGAACUCGGGAAGUCUACUGAGGAAACAAAAUCUAAAUGUGAGGAUGAGGAUUCUUCAAAAUGCUCCGUGGACACCAAUCUCUCCGAAAGGAUGCUGCCUGACAAAAAGCAGGCAGAUUGUAUCAAAGGUGGGCAGGAGGAAUGCAAGAAAGUUUCAUUGAGAAGAACAAGGUCGUCCAUGAGACAACAGGCACCAGAGAAAGCAGUGGCAGAAGAAACACCACAGAAAGUAGAACAAGUAGAGGAGAAAAAGCCAGAGACAGAACAGGGUGAGGCCAGAUGUCUGAGGAGGUCGCAGCGAAUAUCCAAACCCACCAUAAAAGUGACUGAGAAUCAAGAGAAGAAAGCAAGCAAGAAGGAAGAAGUGCCUGCAUCCCUGAGUCCAAGAAAGGAGGAGAACCAGAGAAAACUGGACAAAGAUUCCUCUGUGUCAAGAGGAACAAAGCGUAAGGCGAAAGCCAGCAGAAGGGCUAAAUGGACCAAAUCAAAGGGCUGGCGUAGACAGGACGAAUCAAGUGAAGAGAGUGACAGCGACCAGGACGAUGACGAAUCUGAUGAAGCAGAAGAAGAAAGGCCAGCAGAAGACGAUGAGCCCUGUAAAAAAUGUGGCUUGUCCAAUCACCCUGAACUGAUUUUGUUGUGUGACUCCUGUGACAGUGGUUAUCACACUGCAUGUCUACGACCGCCAUUGAUGACGAUCCCAGAUGGCGAAUGGUUCUGUCCUCCUUGCCAACACAAAUUUCUGUGCGAGAAACUAGAAGAGCAGUUGCAGAAUAUCGAUGUGAUGAUUAAAAAGAGGGAAAGAGCUGAGAGAAGGAAAGAGAGGUUGGCGUUUGUGGGAAUAAAUGUUGAAAAUAUCAUCACCCCAAAAGAUUUAGUACCAGAAGAGCCAGAAAUUAAAGACUUCAAAUCCUUGGAAAGGCGAUCAGGGAGAACACGGAGAUCCAUCAAUUACAGGUUUGAUGAGUUUGAUGAUGCAAUCGAUGAAGCAAUACAUGAAGACAUACAGGAGGCAGAGGGCAAAGGUGCUGGAAGAGGAAAGGACAUGGCAAACAUCACUGGACAAUCCCAUGGGAAGGAUAUCUCCACUAUACUUGCAGAGUCGAAGGAAAAUAAGCGACCAUCGCGAGAAGCUGCUUGUAGACGCAAGAAAAGGCGAAGACUGAAUGACCUUGACAGUGACAGUACACCUGAAGAUGAAGAGAGUGAAGAGGAGUUCAGAAUAAGUGAAAGUAGCGAAGAAGAGUUUGAAAUCUCUGACCGAGAUAGCGAGGCAGAGCUUGCCUCCAAUGACGAAGAUGGUUUUGACUCCCCCCGCCGAGGAAGACAUCAGAAAUACACAGAACCAAUGAGGAGGAGUCGAAGGUUAAGAGGAAGAGCAGUUAAACGGUAUUCAGAUGAGGACGAAGAUGAGGAUGAAGAUGAACAAGAAGAGAGUGAUGGUUCCAGUUGUUACAGUGAUGUGCUGGACAUGAGGAGGAGGCGGUCGAAACGGAACCAGUCCAAAAAGGUCAAUUACAGAGAAGAUUCUGAGUCAGAGAGGUCCAUGAAAAGUAGUGUGAGUCGAAAGGAAAGACUUAGAGGGCACAAGCGUAGACUGUACAUCACCAUGAGUGAUGAGAGCUCUGGGAGCAAAAGUUCUGAGGAAGAGGAUGAUGAGCGGCCUCAGCGGAAGCGCCCGAACCGGAUCGAGGAUGAGGAGGAUGAAGACCAGCCUGCGCUGGUGAGCAGGCUGUCCUCCAGACCCUGUCGGGAUUGCAGCAAGAAGCCUGCAUACCGGCUGAUGAGUGACGAGGAGGAGGAGGACGAGGAGCUGCAGGAGGCCGAGAAGGACGCCAGCUCCUUGGACUGUAGCCUGGAGGAACUGCCCCCCUCCAAUGGACAGACCCUGAUCAGCAGAACCGGUGAGAAGAACCAAAUGGCCAAGGACACUACUGCUACUCCCAGCCCAGCACUGAAUGGCGCGUGUGAUGGGGAGUCAGGCAUGCCCUCGGGAGAGGGAACAGCUGAAGGAGGGGAGGAGGAUGAAGAUGACCUCUUGGGAGUAACUGACCUUGUAGAAUAUGUUUGUAAUAAUGAACAAGUAUAAAAACUCUUUUUACACUAGUUUAAAUAAUUUAUUCCAUAAGUAGCUGUACAUCAGGCCAGUUCUUGUGUCUAUUUUUGGGUUGUAUUCUCCCCCCCCCUACCCCCACAGCCUCACUACACCAGAGAGCAGAAUUCUCUUGCAUCCAUUUCAUCUUAUUCUGUUAUUUUGGCUUAUUCCCCCCACUCUCAUGAAGUGACCAAUUUUGAGGUAAUUAACACGGAAGGUUCCUUUAAAUUUUUUUUUGCCUUAGUUGCAUUUUUUUUCAGUCCUGUAUUAUUUCAGUUGUCCAUUACUUCACUGUGUGAGAUUCUUUUUAAGCAGAAAAAACUUUGACAACUAUCCCUGCUCAAACUUUUCCCUGAAGUGGGUGGGGUGGGUUGGGAAGGGGGUGGCUGUGGAAGGAAAUUUUUCCUCAUUCCAGAAAUAUUGUUUUGACCCUCUUAAUGUCUUUGUCUUUUUUAAGAAGAAAAUAUAUAUAUAUCUAUACAUAAAAGAAAGACUUUUUAAGUAUGUUGUGUAGCGUCCUGAUACCACUUAGUCCGUCACGUACUUGGAUUUGAACACCAGAUUUAAGCUACAGAUUAGCUAAAAGAGCACCAGUAGUCGCAUGUGCAGUGAGUACCUAGUAGGCAGUGGACAUUUUAUAAAACAAAACCUCAAAUCUACUGUGGUGUUUGCUAGAUCUCUUCUGUGCUCGUCGGCACUGCCGUUAAUUGCAAUGACACUGUGUCCUGGUGUAAUGACCAUAUAAUUGGCUGUCACUGUGUUGUAAAACCCCUGAUAUGCUCAAAUCGUUGCUUUUUAGAUUUAAUUUCUUUUUAUAUACAUAUAUAUACAUAUAUAUCUUCA